AUGUCUCCAACUCACAUCACCAACGUUGCCAUAGUCGGAGCCGGCGGCAAUAGCGGCCGCUUUAUGACCGAAGCACUCCUCCAAACAGGAAAGCACAAAGUCACAGCCCUAGCACGAGCCGGCAGCCAGAGCAAGCUCCCAGAAGGGGUAAUAGAAAAGACAAUCGAUUAUAGCAAGCCAGCGACCAUCGUCGAGGCACUCAAGGGCCAAGACGCACUCGUCAUCACCCUAGGUGGUCGAGCACCACAUGAAAUCGAUCUCCAGCUCAUCAAUGCAGCCGGCGAGGCUGGCGUGCCCUGGAUUCUGCCGAAUGAAUGGGGACCAGACACGGCAAACGAAAGCCUAGUCAAGGACGUGGUAGUCUUCCAACCAAAAGGUGGAAUCCGCCAAGCAAUCGCAGAUCUCGGCAAAAGCUCUUACAUCGCCGUGAACACUGGAUUCUGGUACGAAUGGAGUCUGGCAAUUGCGCCAGCCUUCGGCGUGGACUUUGCCAAUCGAUCUGCGACGCUCUUUGACGACGGAGACGUCAAGAUUUCAACUUCGACAUGGCCGCAGGUUGGUCGGGCUGUUGCCAGUCUGCUCAGUUUGCCUGUUUCGGCGGAUGGGGCUUGCUUGGAGAAGUUGAGAAAUCAGGUCGUUUAUGUUGAUUCGUUUACUGUUAGUCAGCGGGAUAUGUUGGAUUCGGUUUACAGAGUUACUGGUACGACCAAGGUGGAUUGGAAAAUUACCGCGGAGUCGGCGAAGGAGAGGUAUGAGGGUGGCGUGGAAGCUAUGCAGAAGGGGGACGUUGUUGGGUUUGCGAAGAUGCUUUACACGCGAGUCUUUUAUAAGGAUGGGUCUGGGGAUUUUAGUGGUAAAGGGACGCUGAAUAGGGUGCUUGGAUUGCCUGAGGAGGAUCUGGAUGAGGCGACUAAGAGGGCGAUUGAGCGUUCGGAGAAUACCAGCUGGCCUUGA